AUGGUGAGCAAGGAGAGCAGCAGGGUCGUGCUCUCCAACUCAGAGUCAGAUUCAGAGACAGGCCCGUCACAUAGCUUGGAGGCACAAUACGGUCCUGACGGCAAACAGCAGGUGAAGAAGAGGAACAAAGCCUUACAAGUCCGCUUCAAGGAUAUCUGUGACGCCCAGAACGAGCAGCGGGCAGGGGGGCGAGGAGCAAGGUCCAUUUCCUGUAAAGUGGCAUACAGGAAGUACAUGGCGAUGCCUGCGCGGCGCUCCAUCCCCAAUGUGACUAAGAGCACGGGUGUUCAGACGUCACCAGACCUUACGAAACACUACCAGACUUUCCCCUUCGAGCGAAAGAAAGGACACACCAUCAAACACACGGCCUUGGUGGAGGACUACAAGGGUCAAAACAAUGGGUUUUUGAGUGACUUGAAAGGUCAGGAUGAGGCAGUGAGUUUAGAGGAGUGCUCGUCAUCUCAGGGUGCAGGGAAGCAUGUGCGGCAGACGCAGGCACUUCUCCACCACAGGGACGACAGCAGUGGCACAGAGGAUCUGUUAUCCGGUGCCAACUGCGUAGACGGGCGUGCAUGCCCGGACCCCUCUCUCCUCACAAAGGACACAGAGUGCUUUGCAAAUGACCCAACUCCCAUGGGAGAGCCGGAGAACCAGGCUUCUGGCGUGAGGACCAAACACAAAGUAUUAUCCAAAGUGGACACGACGGGUUCCAACCCUUCCGCCAAACGCCAGUUGGCAAACUGCGAGGAACUCUUACAGGACACAAGAUUAAAGGUCACAAGUCCUGUUGCCUGGAACUCCCUGACGCAAGUGGAAAGUCUAGGCCUAGGGAGUCCGUCGGUGCACCACAAACGCAAGAAGGCCAUGCAGCCCAAUGGACAACAGUCUCAGACACUGCCCCACCCCCACAGUGCUGGCUGCUCUGUGGUCAAGGUAAAGGCACAUCAGUACCAAUCAGGGACUUUACCAGCCCCAAGGAAAACACAGUCGGGCCUGGAGGAUCAGGCUUGCCCUCCAGGACGGCAGGGUGCCUGUCAGCAGAUAGUGCCCUUACCUGGGAAUGGGGAUAUUAAGGGAAAGCUCCAGGCCAUGGAAAACCUCAUCAGCUCCAGUCAGGAGACCAUCAAGGUUUUACUGGGGGUCAUCCAAGAGCUGGAGAAGGGCGAGGCUCAAAGAGAAGGCCCCAGGCUUUCCUACCGAACGGGACAGGACACAGCCAACUGUGACACGUGUCGAAACAGUGCCUGCAUCAUUUAUAGUGUGGAGCUGGACUUCAAGCAGCAGGAGGACAAGUUACAGCCCCUGAUUAAGAGACUGUGCCCCUUGGACAACUCUCAAUACCCUGCUCUGCCUUACCCCCACGAGGUGUUCACUUCAACCCCCAAACGCAAGUCCAAGACAGAGUCCAAAAAGCAUGGUCGCUGGAAACUCUGGUUCCUUUAACUUAGGGAAGACCUUGGCUUUUGGAAUGGACUUUUGGAUCUGUUUUUACACAUCUAUCUUCCCUCAAAGGGAUCUAUCACAACAGUAGAUGUUCUGCUCCAGGGAACGGAUAAUCUGAUAACAGUAAAUCAUCUAAAUCAGGAUUCUAAGUUGGAACUGCACUAGAAAUCAAUGGGGGAUUUUUUUUAAACAAUCUUAGCUCUGCCAAGCCUUCAGUUUUUGGUUCAAAACCGGAGAAGGUCAACUUAUACCCUGGCUAAAGGUUAGCAGAACUACAUGGUGAGACUGGAUAUAUUUUUGUCAUCAUGAAAUGUAGCCCACAAUAUGAAGAUGGAUAUUAUUUAUUUACCGGGCAAAUGUUUCUCUCACUUUUUAAAAAUGAUUUCCAAUGGCACACCUUUUUGGUCUCUGCUUGACCAGAAGAGGAAUCACCAUGUGGAAGGCCUGUUUCUCUAAAAAUAUACUUUAAUCGUACAUCAGCCUGUUGGAAAAGCACAAACAUUUGGAGACUGAGAACAUCAUGGAAGAAGAAGUUAUAUACAGUACAUUACACUAUAUUAGUGAACCGACUCUACAUGAACCCUUCUUGCCUCUUCUCUCCAGUCUUAAGAGAGCCCAGUUACUCUCUCUCCCCUUUCUUCCCCUUUCUCUCUUUCCCUUUUUCUGUCUGUCUGUCUGUCUCGCUCUCUCUCUUUCUCUCUCUUUCUCUUUCUCUGCACACAGACAUGCACUUCAGGAGUAUGUAAAGGAAGAUUGCGAUAUAUGGGAUCCUAGACUGCUUUGUUUUUUAGAAACAGGAUAUAGUCAAGGUUAAAGGUCAAGGUUAUAGUUCUGUUCUAAUAGCUGUUCUAAUCCAUCAAUGUGCAGAAAUAGGGGUUGAAUCCAAGAUUUGACUAUUGCAUAUAGAAAAAAAUAUAGACUUAUUUUAACAUAUUAAAGUUUGUUGAUUAUAUUAUAUAACAUAUUAAAGUUUCUUAUUACUGUGUUAUUCAACAUGCAGCAGACUAUUUUAUGAAAAUAUGAUUGAAUUUCAGUUGAAAAACUAAGCAUGGUUUUGACACUUCUUUAUCAAUUCACAUGCACAAAGCUGUCAUUGCCUUUCACUUACACACAGGUUAACAUCUCACUAACUUACUCUAACCCACAGAAAGGAAAUAUAUUGUAAGGACAGGACGAAAUGCAUCACUAUUCUCUCUGGAAUAUGCAUUUCACAUUAUAAACUGGGUGGUUCGAGCCCUGAAUGCUGAUUGGCUG